UGCUGCUCCUCCGCCUGCUGUUGCUCCUCCAUCUCCAGAUCGGAUCGCGGUGAGGGAAAGAUGAGCGAGGAGACGGCGACUUCUGACAACGAUAAUAGUUAUGCACGAGUGCGAGCUGUGGUGAUGACCCGGGAUGACUCGAGUGGUGGAUGGCUACCACUUGGAGGGAGUGGACUGAGCUGCGUCACUGUCUUCAAAGUCCCUCACCAGGAAGAGAAUGGCUGUGCUGACUUUUUUAUCCGUGGAGAGCGACUCAGGGACAAAAUGGUGGUUUUGGAAUGUAUGCUUAAAAAAGACCUCAUUUACAAUAAGGUCACUCCAACAUUUCACCACUGGAAGAUUGAUGACAAGAAAUUUGGCCUUACCUUUCAAAGUCCUGCUGAUGCUAGGGCUUUUGAUAGAGGCAUUCGAAGAGCUAUAGAAGAUAUUUCUCAAGGAUGCCCAACAUUUAAAAAUGAAGCUGAAGGAACAGAAGAUGACUUACAAGCAACUGAAGAGGACACUUCCAGUUCUCUAGUGAAAGAUCAUCUUUUCCAGCAAGAGACAGUUGUUACCAGUGAGCCUUAUAGAAGCUCAAGACCUUCUGCCUUUGAAGAUCUGAAUGCCAGAAGAGUUUACUUGCAAAGCCAAGCCAAUCAGAUAACGUUCAGUCAUCCGGGCCUAGACAUGCAGAGCAGAAGUAUAGAAUAUGUACAACGGCAAAUAUCCAAGGAUUGUGGAAGUCUGAAGUCCCAAAAUAGGGUCCCUUUGAAAUCAAUCCGUCACGUCAGCUUUCAAGAUGAGGAUGAGAUUGUCAGAAUAAACCCUCGAGAUAUCUUAAUACGUCGGUAUGCAGACUACAGACAUCCUGACAUGUGGAAAAAUGACUUAGAGAGAGAUGAUACUGAUUCCAAUAUUCAAUUUUCUAAACCAGACAGUAAAAAAUCAGACUAUCUGUACUCAUGUGGAGAUGAGACUAAGUUAAGUUCACUCAAAGACUCUGUGGUAUUUAAGACACAGCCUUCCUCAUUAAAAUUUAAGAAGUCAAAACGAAGAAAAGAAGAUGGUGAACGUUCCCGCUGUGUAUACUGCCAAGAAAGGUUUAAUCAUGAAGAAAAUGGCAGGGGAAAAUGUCAGGAUGCUCCAGACCCUAUUAAAAGAUGCAUAUAUCAAGUUAGUUGCAUGCUCUGUGCAGAGAGCAUGUUAUAUCAUUGUAUGUCAGACUCAGAGGGAGAUUUUUCUGAUCCCUGUUCAUGUGACACUAGUGAUGACAAGUUCUGCUUACGAUGGUUAGCCCUAGUAGCUUUGUCUUUCAUUGUACCAUGUAUGUGCUGCUAUGUCCCCUUGAGAAUGUGCCAUCGUUGUGGUGAGGCAUGUGGGUGCUGUGGUGGGAAACAUAAAGCUGCUGGAUGAAAGGAUCCAGUGCCAAAAUGAGCUUAAAUUCUUUGUUUCCAGGAAUUAGCUAACUUGGAUUUGUGGAAGCUUUUGGCAAGCAAUAUGAAAUCUUGCCUGGUGUCUGGGGCCACACGUGGAGGAAGCAGAACUUGUUAGUUCUUGGCAUUUCACAAAUGCUAGCCAUGCCUAACUUUUUCCCUUGAGUGCAUGGCAUGUUUUGUUACAGGUUGUAAAGAGUAUUUGCAAAAGGAAACUAUUUCUGGUUAUUGGCUAUAAAAAGUGAGCAUAAAAUAUCCAACCUAAAAGGGAUUAAUUUUUGGCUUUUUUGUAUAUUUAUGCAUUAGGUGAUGGGACUUUUAGAGUUUUGAAUUUAUUAAGACAUAAACUAAAAGUGCACUAAGGGACAGUUGAUAUCAGUCUAAGAAAGUUAACACUUGGGAAUUAUAAGAAAUAAAACAAGUACAACUAAAUCAUUUAUUAGUUGUUUUUUGAAAGUGGUUUUAUGUAUAAAUAACAAAUGUUUAUAUUUAACUAAAUAUAAGGUACGAAUUAUCACAUAUUAAACUUUUCUUCCCCUUCCUAGUUCUCAAGUAGAUGUACAUAUAUCUACUGUCACAUUCCAUUAUGUUUUGAAUAUUUUACUCAUCUAGUUAAUAAUGUUUUUAUUCCAUGUGAAUGAUUUGCUAUUUUCAUCCUCAUUUCCCUUUGGCUACAGUUUAUAUUGAGUUCUGUCUGUACAUUCUGGUAAUCUAAAUCUUUAAAAAUAUCCUAAUAGCCUUGAGUGACCAAUUUUUUUUUAAAGCACAGAUGUAAUUGUCUAAUGUUCUGAUGGGAACGUAACACUUAUUUUUAUAUAAAAAGAGACUGAGUAAACAUUAUAGAAAAAAGUGAGGUUUUGGGUUGUUUUGUUUUGUUUUGUGGUAUUCAACCAGCAAGUUGUUUUCUUUCAGAGUUUCCUCCUUCAAAAAAAUCAUAUUGCAUUUACAAAUGUUUUACAAGGCAAAAAGUGUAACUGGAUAGUUCAUGUAAAAGUUUCCUCCUGAGAUCUCCAUUUAUCAUUCUGCUAAACUAGAAUAUGUUCAGCUGUAAUUAAUAAUUUUUAAGCUUAAUUUUCAGUGCUUAUUAUUCACAUAACAAUAACUUUUCCCAGUUGCAUUUUACUUUAUUUAAACUUGCCAAAAGCAAAAUUUAUGUUAAAGUGUAUACUAAACUGUCCCAGGAAAGUAUUUAAUCCAACAUUGUGAAUGAAAUGUCUUGUACAUAUAAUUUUAUUUCUUUUGCAGAGCAUUGUAUUACUGGAUGUUUUAUUUACUAAGUAGUUGGAUAAAUGUUCCAACAAAUGGUUUAAAGUAGUUGGGGUCAAUUUGUCUGGUUGGUUUGUUUUUUCGUUGUUCUCUGUUUUUUGUUUUCUUUGUCUUUUUAAGUGUUACAUUAAAACUCUAACAAGUAAAGGGUUCUUUAAGAACAUUCCCUUAGAGGGAUAAAGUUGAGAAGUGUGCCUUUUUUUUAAUGGCUUGAAGUUUCCGAAGUGAUAAAAUUAAAAUCACACUACCAUUUGAAGCUCAUUUCUAUGCAGGUUUUAAAAUGUCAUUUAUGUAUUGUUCUUUUUACAUAUCACACUUAAGCUUGUGUUAGCUUUCUUCUUUUGCCCCAGAUCAAACUGAACAAUGUAUAUAACACUAUCUGUCUGUAAAAUACUUUUUUUUAAGAAAGCAUUUAUAUUUAUAUGACAGCUUGAACUGACAACAUUGUGUAUAUAGAUCAUCUUGAAGUAUUAUUUCACAUUGAAAAGAAGAAAAAUAUAUUGAUAACUAUAGAUGUUAUGAAGAAGAGGUUAUUUCUAGUUUUGUACUAAAAAUCAAUUGGAUGAACUAAAUCCAAAAUAUGACACUGUAGCAGCAGUUUUAAGACUUAUUUUUACUGUUUAUAUAAUUGAACACUGCUACACCAGAUGAUCUUCAUCCUUGAAGUUUUCAGCUAAACUUGGUUUCCUAGAAUAGACUGUUAACUUUCAAAAUUACUUUUUACUGGUAAAAUGGAAAUAUUGGUUUUCCUUGUGAGUGAAUUUUCAUAUUUGUAAGUGCUGAGUUCAUAAUUCAGGUUUGAGCAAGGUGUGAAUAACUGAAGAAAAUAACUUGCUGGCUCUAUAGGAAAAUGCUGUGGAAAUGAACUGUGUAUAUACUUCUGGGAAGAACAAAUUUAAUCAUUUCUUCUGUUAAGCACUAAUCAGUAUAGUGCAACUCCUGGUUCUGUACUGUAUUUUAUAUGCAACAUAUAUGCUUUAAUAUUUUAAUGUUUGUGCAUUAAUAUUUUCAAUUUGUUUAACCACUUUGCUGCUAAGAUUUUGCCAUCCCAUUCCCAUUUUUUCCUUUACAAUUUUAAACAAGUUUCUUCAUUAAAAACUAUGGUGAUGAAAUGGUUUUUAUUUCACCUUGGAUCUUUAUAGAUAACAUACUCAAAUUCCAAACCAGUCUAGAAGACUAACUGAUAAUAUAAUGUUAUCUGAAUCCCUAUGUGGAAAUGUUCUUUUGAGUAAGUUAGAACUAUGUGGGGGGGAAAAGGAUAGUUUAAAUUUCUCAUUUUUAAAACGUGUAUAGAUAUGUUCAGGAACAUUUUCUUCUGCAUAUAGACUUGGCACUGCCAACUGGCUUUUCCUCUGAAACCUUUCCCUGCUUUUUAAUCUGGCAGUAUAAGCAAAUGGCUAAACCAGCUUAAGUUAUAGUAAAUAUUGAAAAUGAAAUCAUCUAGAUGGCAUAACAAGAAAGACUUUGGUCUGAUGGCUUGUUGUGUUCAGAACUGCUAAUUAAAUGAUUUUUCUCCUGCCUUGACAGGGGAAUCAUUUGAGGCUGAAGAAAUAGGCGGUAUGGAACUUCAGCACCACCUACUGGAUGAUUUAUAGACCAGAGACGUGAGGUGGCAAUUAGGAUCUAAUAGGGUUCAUCACUACUACCAAUAAAAAGGGCUAUUUAAGUAGUGGUCACCUCCAAACAGAGAAAGCAAGAGUAGAAAUAUCUUAAAGGAGCUGUAAAAUGAACGUUUUCUCUAAUGUGUCUUUUGGUCACUGAAAGAUUUUAAGCACUUUUUUCUUACAUAUCCUGUCUUAAAAUAUUUCUUGAUAUUUGGAACUGGCAAUCAAACUUAAUGGAUGUGCCGAAGCAUUUAUAAAACUAAUUCUUUUAACAUGCAAAAGCCAUUACCAAAAUGGUAUUCUGAUUUUCCUCCCAUUACCAACCAGGGAGUUUUUUUAAAAAAUAAAUAAACAGCACCUGUAUUUGAUGAUGACAACUUCAGAGAAUGUGUGUAUGUCUCUGGGAUGAUGUUGGGACAGGGGUUAAAAUUUAAAGGGGAAAACUUGAAACUACCUAUUUUCAUUGGUUAUUCAGCAGUGCCUAAAAAGAACUUUUGAAGUAAUACAAAUGCACUUUCAAUUCAUGUCUAUAGUGCCAUCUGAUAUCUUGGGUAAGUCUUGCAUUUUUUCUUUUACUCCCCACCCCACCCCCUUAACUGAAUGCCACAGAGAUGUUUUCUAAUAUCCAUAUGUCUUCAAAGUACAGGAAACCUGUCCUUUCCUCCAGAUGGGCAAUUUAAAGGAUGUUUCUUUUGUUGAAAUUUACUUUAGGCUUUGUGAUUACUCUUUGGAAUAUGUGGGUAAGACUGAGUUUUUAAUUUUAGCCCAAAGAUGCAUUAAGUAAGUGUAACAUUUUUCUAUAUAAAACUUUGAAAACUUCAGUUACCUAGAAAACAGAUUCUUCACUAAAUAUUCUCAUUCUUAAUUUGACCUCCAGGAUCACAUUUCUAAGUAGAACGGAAAGCACUAGAAACUUGCAUUGUUGUUGCACUUAAAAAAAAAUUGGUCUAUAAACCAUGAUAAUAAUAGUACCAUAAGGUGUUUUGCAGCGAGUCAAAACAUUAAGAAAUCACAACCUGAGGUGAUUUAUAUAAACCAAAAAACAACAACAACAAAAAGGGCUUUAAGGUAUUAAGGUACUGUUUGCCUAGCAGCCAGGUGGUUAUAAAACUUUCGUAUGCUUUGAUACACUGAUGUUAGCCAUUGUUCCUGAAAGCUCCUUAAAUUGCGUAAGUUGCUAGUUUUGAAACUUUUCAAGAAUAAUAUAGUUGAAAAACCUUUGUAUUAAAGAUUCACAUAGAUUUUUGUGAACAUUGCCAGUAUGUAGUGUCAUUUGCUUUCUAUUCUUGACCUCAAAAGUGCCUCACUUGUAUAUUCCAUUAAAAGCUUGACUGCAUUCUUCCUAAUAAGCAAUGAAAAAUUGUUUAACUCAUGUCAUAAUGUAUCUCUUUAGAUAUAGUUGAUUAGCUUGAUAGUUUGGAUAUAUAAUGUAAAUAUGCAUAUAUAAGUUUGUAACUGUUUUUGUUACAUCAUACCCAUGUAAUUGGACAUAUCAGAUGAUAUAAGAAUUUGUUUUAAUUACCUGAUUAAACCUAUCAUGAAAUACAAAA